CGAAGAAUAUAUAUAAUGGGGCCCACACAUAUCCGCCCGAAUUUCCAAGUCCGACCCGAAAACAAAUCAAAACAAAAACCCAGAGAACCACCGAGAACACACCCAUCGCCGGAAUCCCAAUUACUCUCACUCACACUCAUCGGAGAGCUCUCGACACCGCUCCGAAGGGCGAGAGAUUUGAAGAAUGAGCCUCGAGGCGGCGGCGCACUGAUGUCACUUUUCUUGUCGUCGACGAUUGAUCAGGCUUAUCAUCAGCUCGCAGAAAUUGAAGCGGAACUCAAAGCAGCAAUGGCUGGAUCGAAGAAAGUGAUAACGAGGGAUGAGUGGGAGAAGAAGCUUAAUGAUGUGAAGAUCAAGAAGGAGGACAUGAAUAAACUGGUGAUGAAUUUCCUUGUGACUGAGGGUUAUGUGGAUGCGGCGGAGAAAUUCCGAAAGGAAUCUGGAACCGAACCAGAUAUUGAUCUUGCAACAAUCACUGACCGCAUGGCGGUCAAGAAGGCGGUACAAUGUGGUAAUGUGGAGGAUGCAAUUGAGAAGGUGAACGACUUAAACCCGGAGAUUCUGGACACAAAUCCCCAGUUAUUUUUCCAUCUCCAACAGCAAAGGUUGAUAGAGCUAAUUAGGAAUGGAAAGGUAGAAGAGGCUCUUGAGUUUGCUCAGGAAGAGCUAGCACCAAGAGGAGAAGAAAAUCAAAGCUUUUUAGAAGAGUUGGAGAGGACUGUUGCACUUCUAGCUUUUGAAGAUGUGUCCAACUGUCCUGUAGGAGAGCUUUUGGACAUAUCACAGCGCCUAAAGACAGCUAGUGAAGUGAAUGCCGCCAUCCUCACUAGCCAGAGUCAUGAAAAAGACCCGAAACUUCCAAGCUUGUUGAAGAUGCUCAUAUGGGCCCAGAACCAGCUUGAUGAGAAAGCUCACUAUCCUCGGAUAAACGAUCUAUCCACUGCCAGGCUAGAAGACCCUAGUGUCUAAAGGAUGUCCGGACCUCCUUGUGUGGAGGUUUUAGGUUUCCCUCUAGGCUUUCAUAGAAUGAUUAAUGAUGUAUGUACCCUUAUUGCGAAAUGACUCUGCAUUCCUGUUGAAUGUUGUCUCGUUCCAGUCUUCCUCGUUCUCAAUUACCUUGUACAAAUGAUUGUCUAUAACAUUUCUUUACUUCUAUUGUUUAAGAUUGUGGCAUAAUAAUACCUCUGAAAUUUUUGGUA